CUUUGAAGAAUUUUUGGAGCAGACAAAAAAAUCAGAGUUUGAGCAGGAUGGAGGCUGGCAGGGCCUGGACGAGCAGGAGGUAUUUUCCCAGCAGGAGUACGAAGAAUUUGAGCGGCGCAGGCAAGAGGAGAUUAGGCAGCUAGUCGAGUCGGGCGUUAUCCCACCCCCCCCUGGCUACCAUGGGAUGCCUCCACCCCAGCCAGCUAUGUACCAGGGUGGUCCACAUCCAGGACUGCACCCUGCGGCACAGGGUAUCCUGCCCCCGCAGGCUGUGCCACAGUAUGGUGUACCUCCUCAGGUACACCCCAAUGCUGUUCCUCCUCAGGUACACGCCAAUGCUGUUCCUCAUGGGUAUCAGGCUGUCCCUCAAGGGUAUCAGGCUGUCCCACAGGGGUAUCAGGCUGUACCUCAGGGGUAUCAAGCAGUUCCGCAAGGGCAGGUUCCUCCCCAACAGGUGCAAUACAUUCCUCAUGGGGCACCUUACCAGGCACCAGCUCAGCCACAAGCACAGCAACCAGUAUUAAGUCAGCCUCAAGUGCAGCAGCCAGUGCAAGGUCAGCCUCAGGUACAGCAACCCAUUCAGGGUCAGGCUCAAGUUCCAGCUCAACAACCCAUACAAGGUCAACCCCAGGUGCAGCAACCCAUGCAAGGUCAACCCCAAGCUCAGCAACAGAUUCAAGGUCAACCUCAAGUUCAGCAACCCAUUCAAGGUCAACCACAAGUUCAGCAGCCCAUACAGGGUCAGCUUCAGGCACAGCAACCUGUUCAAGGCCAACCUCCAGCUCAGCAGCCCCUACAAGGCCAGCACCAGGAGCAGCAGCCGAUCCAAGUUCAGGCACAAGGUCAGCAACCUCUCCAAGGCCAGCAGCCACAACCUGUUGCUGGUCAGCCACCCAAUCAUCAACCUAUUCAGCCAGUAGCAGCUCAUCCUGCUGCAGGACGAUAAGCUCUUCCGAUUGAGACAAUACAGGCUUAAGGUUCUACCAUACACAAUUACUUGCGCAGAAUUAUACCUUUGGAUAAAUGGAUGUGACCAACAUUUUUAUUAAAUUAGUAUCGAACUCAGAAUGAAACUGGAACUGAAUUGAAAGAAGUGGAUGGUGUAAGCAGGAUUAACAUUGAUAUAUGUUGUGUUAUUCACUUUAAUGAUUUUGCAUAAGGUGCCUAAUAUAAGAGAGAAGUCAAUGGUCAUGAACAAAGUGUGGCUGAUCAAGUGUCUUCUUUAGAUUUUACUUUGAGAUUUUCCUUUAAUGUUCAUCUUUGAAGGAAAUGUAAGAUAUGUUUCCUGGUGUAUCUUUGUAGAGUUCUUGCUAUAUAUUUGUUAAUGGUUUAAACCUUCGAGGUCUGAUCUUCUGUAAUUUGUUUGUUUAAAUCUUUACAGUCUGAUCUUUAAGAAUAGAGUUUAGUGAAUUUAACCCAUCAGCGACGGGUAAAAAUUUUGUCAAGUUUAUGUAUGCACCGGCUUGUUGGCGCGCACUGUUAGUUUCCCCUGUUUGCGCCCGGCUCGAUCGGUAGUUUGCGAGCGACAUAUAGCACCUAAAAGCUUUUAUUUUGCUAAAAUUUAUAAAGAUAUUAAAAUUUUGAAGGUUUACCUUCACUUUAGAUGCCAUUGCCUAAAAUCUUUACCAUAGAAAUGAAGCCGCUACUACUGGAGAAAAACAACCUCCGUCCGACGAGCCAGUAGCGGGGAAAUGGGCAUGGCAUGAUGCCCCCGGCGUUUGGUCCACAACAGCCAUGGCAUGUACGUAUGGACACCCGGCGCCAAUGGGUUAAGAAGUACAUGAAUAAAAUAUUCACCAGUUAGUUCGGUGCUGUGAGAUUAUUUUUGAACCUCUGUUGCAGAUAUUUUAGUGAUGUUUGUGAUUCUGGUAAUGAUUCUAUUUAGAAUUUUUUAAAACAAAAAAGAUAUUCAGUUUAUAGCUCAAUUUCUUUUUUUCUGUCUUUCUUUUCUUCUGUAUCUUGAUAAACUUUUAAAGGCCACAAAAUUAGGAUUUGAAUAUAUCCCAACUUUUUAGCAUAUUGGUACCACAUUUUUUUUGGUGGAAAAUCUGUGUAUAGCAUAGCACAAUACACAAAUACAUAUUCUUACACUCACACUCAGUCACACACAAUCACACACUCACUCAUAUAUACACUCUUAAUCAUACACACACACUCUCAUACAUACACUCAUAUUCACAUUCAAUCACACUCACACUCAUAUACAUCCUCUCACACUUAAAUGAGUCAGCAGCUAUCAGCAUUAUGAUUGGUUAUGGCCCAUUAUUGUUUCCAAUGAAAUAUGAUAAUGUUAAGUCUGUUUAAUUGGCAAGUAGCUCUGAAUUUGUUGUUGGAAAAUUUAAUUUGUAUGGUUGUGGAUUUUUUUCAGUUUGUUUCAAAUGUACUAUACUGUUAGAUAAUUAUAAAGCUUCUAUUUUAUCUUCUUAAAAGAUUUUUAUCACAAAUUUCAAAAGCAAUUGUUCUAGCAUUCUUUCCUUUUGAUUUGAAUCUCAAACUGUUAUAUAAUGUGUUUUUUUAUGCACAGGUACUCAAGGUUUGUUUGACAGAGCAAGUUUUCAUUAUUAUGAUUAUGAUUUUAUGCAUGUUUUAUGGAUGUGAGGAAAUUAAGCAUUUUCCUUGAACUGAACAUGGUUGCUUGCUAAAAGGUGUCUGAUUUUACAAUACAUUAAAAAAAGACAUUUAUGAAAGAAGACAAAGAUUCAAAGGCAUUAAUAAUGUUUUUUUUUUUUACUAUGCAAAGUGCAAUAUCUUUUAAAAUGGAUGUGUGCAUAUUUUUUUUCUUAACUUAAUUUUUGUUUGCCUGUGUUUUCCCAUUUUAAGUUAUGUGCUGACUAUCCCAUUUCUACCCAAAACUGAUUAAAAAGUUUUUAUUAAGGUAAUGCUGAUCAGCAAGGAAUGUUGUGACUCAGUCCUUUUUUUAUUGGUGGUUUGAUAGUUUUGAGAGUGCAAUUUUGAGGUUGUACUGUACUUGGAAUGUAGAAAUGUUUAGAAUUGGAAUGAUCAUCAUUUAUCAUAUCAUUUUGAAGUUUCAGGAUUAUAAACCAUUGAUAGUUCGGCUUACAAAAGAUGUUCUGUGUAUGGUAUAAAUGUUUAUAUCGGGGAUGUUUAUAAGGUUAAUACUGAUGUGAUAUACGGAACAAAUAAAAGCUCAUUUUAUA